AGAGUUGACAGAAGUCACACUGACAGGCAGAGAGAGUCGACUUUGUGAGCUAAUGGAGGUGUGUGAACCGCUCAAAUACAGGUAAGUUUCUUCAUAUACAAAGAUAUUAGCUGUGUUAAGAGUUCUCAGACAGUUUUACGUCUGCUUUUCGGUCGACUGUCAUUAAACUUGCGAAAGAGUUUAAAUGGAUGAAAGUACUGACAGUCAGCCUACCGUAGAAAUACAUGUACCUGUCGCUUUGAUUUAUUUUACUGAAAACAAAUCACUGUAACCAGAUUUAACCUGCAAUUUACUUGUAAUGCAGACAAGAUUCAGUCAAGUUAAUUUUAAGACUUGAAUAUGGUGUCUAUUUGUGCCCUAUAAUUUCUGAAUGGACUCUCUGAGCUUAAAUCAGGCUAUAAAAAGGUCCUGCUGACACGGGAAGUCAAGGAUGAAGGUUGGUUUAUUUUUUCCCUCCUGAGAUAAUAAGGGAGGUUUGAUUCCAGUGCCUGAUCUGAUUGAAGCUCAGUCUCUCUGUUGUUGUGUCUGUAUGGAGUCUAAGAGCACAGCUGUAUUUCCCCUCAGCUUCCGUGUUUUAGAUCUGAGCUUCCUGAUACCUCUCUAUGGUGAUGCUUGGUGGCCCCCAGUCUCUCAGUGUGUCCCUUCAUAUCUGGAAAUGCGGUUCAUCAGACAUGCAAAUAAUACUUUCUUUAAAGGACACUGUACUUGGAAAUGAGGCACACAUUCAUGUUAAUCUCUUUAUCUUACAAGUAGUGCCAUUGAAACCAUACACUGUAUACAACCUCUUUCCAGAAACCCUAUCUCUGACCAAGAUCUCAAUCAGUUGUUUACAGUGAUGUCAACUUUUUGGCUGGAGUUACUCAGAAACACAGUGACACAGUGUUUUUAAAAUAGUCUAUUAGCUAAAUGCUUUUUCAUCCAGACUUGAACGCAGUUUUAGAGGUAAUUAGUUGGAGGGGGACUAACAAUAAUAACAUUUACAAUUAGAUGUUGUGAUCAUCAUGUCAGAAUCUAAACAACUGUCAGCAGCCUGUGCGAUUUCCUGGAUGAUAAAAACAGCUUGUUUUUCAGAGUUUUUGGGGUAAUUGAUGACUGGAGGGGGAUAACGAUAAAAAAACUGUGUUGGAGAAAGACAACAUCACAACAUUAAUAGAAAUGAAAAGACCCUGUUUGUUACAAUUAUAGAUAUACUUCAACAUCAAACACAUACAACACACACACUGCACAAAAUCAAGUCACUGUACUGUCUUUACCUUAUUUUUGGUCGUUACAACAUGAAGCAAAGUCAAUACUCGGUUUGAAUUAAACAUUUGGAUAAAUGUUUAUUUCCUUUUUUCGCUCUCUUUCUUUUGCCUCAAGUUUCUUAUUACAAACAUUUCGACCAUCUGAUCAUGAAUGAAACAAGAGAGUUUGGGGGGUAGUGUUGCGUCGUUUAAAAGAACCAAAUCUUUUAAGUGAACGUACUGAGCUGAAUCACUUCCUCAAGUGAUUCGUUCGUUUCUCACUUCAGUUGAGCUGUCAGCAGGGCAGAUGGUAAAGCACGCAGCAUUGCCAGGUGAGCAGCCGGUGAGCGAGGGACUGCAUGCACCAACACCUGAAUCACUUGGUGAACGAAUCACGCAUUGAACUACAUUUUCUGGAAUGAUUUUUGUCGGACAACACUACAUUUUUUUUUUACUGCUGAAUUGCCACCACAACAACUUGCAUACAUUGGGACACAGCAUGUAACAAGUAGUAGAUAAAACCUGCAGCAUCCUAUCAUUACAGCGGUUUGCGAAGGAACGGUGCAUGUUCAGUGUGAAUUUCUCUUAACGUUCAGUGAAUGAAUCACUCAUUGAGUCCAAUUUACCGAGCAGACCUGAUAAAUAGCAUACGUAGGACAGUACACUUAAAACAUCAUGACUUAUAAACAAGUUAAUUUUUACAAAUCUGUUUGCCAAAGUAACACAGACAAACACUCUCGUCUCCCGGUCCCAGAAGCUAUGAACUGAACUGAAUCCCGAAUUGUUCAGCUGUGUAUCAGUUUAGCAGGUCGGAGUCACAGGCAACUCCCACCAACCACUGAAUGAUUCGGUGAUUCAAUGAAUGAAUCUUUUGAACAAAACUUUUUAGUGAUUCUAGUGAUUCAGUACAUCUAAAAGAACUGCCGUGCCCAUCACUACUGGGGGGUUUUCAAAUGAUGUCAAAUUUAAAAAGAUGCAGCUGCUGCCAGUGAAGCAAACACACAUAAUAGUUCAUCUCACUUUAUUUCCUUGUUUACAGUUGCAACAGAAGGUAUUCAGGACAAUCUGGUUUACCAGAUUACACUCCCUGAUGCUCCAUCAAAACAAUAUGAAUUGACCUAUAUGUGGCAAGGAGGGACUGGAGGUGCAACUGAUGCCAUGAGGGAUAACAUCAUGAGACUGUGAACGUUGUAUACAAAAGCCUUACAGUCAUCUGUAAGAUGUUUGGACAAAUGUUUAGAGAAGUAUCUUAGCUGCAUCUAACACUGGAUUAGUCCUUUCUCUUAUUGUUCACGUGUAAAUCCAAUUAAAUCCAAUCCAUCAAAACAAACAGACUCCAAGCUUAGUCUUUGUGUUUAGAUGGUUUCAACCUCGAGGGAUCAUGAAGUCGUUUUUCCUGCUUCAAGAGAAAAGAAGGAGUCUUUUCAUCCCCUUUGUAGUCGUUUGACCCUGUGGUGUUUUUUACAGACAGUGUAAUAUACGUUAGUCAGGUCAGAAAAGACGCCGCCAUGCCCUCAAGCUGUGAUGACAAAAGACUUAUUGACCUCUCUAAAGCUUUGAUCGCUUCAGCUCGGUCAGCUGAUCUCACUCAGUUAAGCUAUCAUUCAGUCACUUGACACGGUGCCUAAAAACAAAAUGUAAAAAAGUCAAACGUAAUAAUGAGGGGGGGUCGUGGAAAAAAGGCACAGUGCACUGCUUUGAAUGCAGUCUGAAUCUGUCAGUGUAGAUGCAAUGGAUCACAGCUGGCCUGUUGUACAGACAACCCUGGAAUCCCACCUUUGCAUGUUCUGACUGUGUAAGUGAAGGGAAGCAAGGAACAGACUAUUCCAUAUUAGUUCUCGCUUCCUCUUGGUCGCCGGUCAGACAAAGCAUCACUCCUCUUAGUUGCAGUAAGAGCAAGAAUAACAAUGCCCUAUGAUAAUAAAAGUCCCGUUAAGUGAGCAGAGCAGGUAUACAAAAGCAUUUAGACACAGCAAUUUGAGGACAGGAGCACUGCACUUGACCCACAGUGCACACAGCUGGCUGGCUGACACAUAAGCACAUAAAAGCAAAGUUGGUUCCUGAUUUAAGUCAAGUGCUCUCUUUGUUUUGUUUCGCGUAAUUUUCCAAAUAGUUAGUCGUAAAAGUAAUCUUGAAAUAGCCCUUUAUCUUUGCUGGAGGGGGCUUUUGUGAAAUAGUGUUAGUGGAGAGCCUUUUAUUCAGAUACACAGUGACACAUUGUGACCCUUUUUGCCAUAAAAUGCAGUUAGAUGAAAAGUUAGAUAUACUUUACAAACAACUGUCUUCUUCUUUUGGUCUAUAUUUGAUCCGUAAACCAAACUGACCCCUGAGAUGAUCAGUUCCUCCCUAUAGGCGAUUCAUUUUAAACACUAAUAACCUGCGUUUUGGGAAUUUGUCAAACUGAUGGAAACAGUCAGCUGUCAAACUAUGAAACUGCUACUAUUCCAAUAAGGUAGUUAAAUUGUUUUCAGCCAAAAACAAAUAGUAUAGUCAGGUUUAGAGGUUGCUACUUUUGCAGAUCUUUGUACAUGGUUAAUUCAAUAUGUUAGGGUUGAAUGGAUGUAAGUGAAUACGAUAUGUAGGGCUGGGCGAUAUGGCCUCAAAUCAGUAUCACGAUAUAUUGAGCAGUUCACCUCGAUAACGAUAAAUGGAUAAUAACUACUCCACAAGCUGCUCACCCCCUCCCACAUUAACUUCGUCUACUUCAGCCGCUACAACUUUUGAACCGUCCUCCAUCUCCUCACCUGUCUUUCCCUCUUUGUUACGAACUGGAUGGGGUGGGGUCAUGUCUCUGACAUAGGACAGCGUCUUAAAACGACAUGAGACCAUAGCUGCAGACCAUAUUUUGACACCGAAUAUUACUGAAAUGGGCAAAAUGAAGUUGUUAUUGUCGUAAAUUUCUGUUAUCGGUAAAUAUUCGGUUGAUCACCCAGCCCUACGUUAUGGUAUAUUAUGAUUCAAUCGAUCAAUAUAAUAUGAUUUGGUACAAAAUGAUAAGUUAUGACAUGAUGUUGUCACUCACAAUUAUGAUACUGGGACAUGAUAAUGAUUACAUGAUGCAGGGAUUCUUUGAUAACUGAUAAACAUCACAAUAUUUGAUGAAAGAAUAUAAUUAACCUCUAGAGGUAAAAGCGAUAGAUUGAUGUCUCUAACACCACUACUGUUGUAUCUGUCUCUUGCCCCACCUCUAUUUUGCACUCAAGCAAAGCAUGAGGCUUUAUGAUGUAAAUAUUCUGCGGUUUAAUCAGCUAAAAAGAUUAACACUCUUUGGCAUCUCACUGCUUAAGAUUUCCAGGUGUAGCCCUGGGGUGAUGGGAAAUUCUAAGCCAACACGACUGUUGGCCUUUCCAAAAUCUUGACCUAACAUUUUAAGAGAUCCUCGCCCACAGUCAUCACGAAACACUCUUAAAUCCACUCACCACAACUGUUAAAAUGCAGACCGCCACAGCUGUCUUUAGCUCGUGGUACCGCCCUCGUGUUUGCCCUGAGAGGGAUAGGAAAACAGAUAGCAACACUUCUUGGCACAUUCGUGUGCCCGUGGGCUCCUUGGAAAGCAGUCUCUACUGGGGUAAAGUGUUUUAUGACAGUUGUGUAACGUAAAUCUAUUAGUGUCAAUGAGCAUGUCUAUGUGACGCACUUUGUGUGUCCCGUGCUUGUAGCAGUUGGAUCACUUUACAGUAAAUGACCUACUUUGACCUCUUGUGAUCCGUUAAUUAUACCCAUGGUGUUUUUAUGAAGUCUACUGCUCAGGGAGACUGAACAUCCUUAUAAUUUUAAGUUUGUCUGGUGACAGUGUUUGUUUUUUCUCCACAGACCUAGCUGCAGAAAGUCUCAAAUGUCGCAAAUGUCAUGCCUGAAUUGUCUCAGAAUAUGAUCAUUGUUGAGGGAGGUAGGAUAGGUUUAAUUGAACAGGUGAAUGGAAAAAGCAGGGAAACCCCAAAGCAGACAUUUUCUUGAAGACUCCAAAAUCAGGCAACUGGACUGUGUAGAGUUGAGAAGACAUUUUGCCUCUUAUCCAAGAAGCUUGUUUAGUUCUAAAUGUCUUCUUGGAUAAGAGGCGAAACGUCUUCUCAACUCUACACAGUCCAGUUGCCUGAUUUUGGAGUCUUCAAGAUAACCAUGACCUGGAUGAAUGAGAAUCUACAAGGACACAUUGGAUCCCAAAGCAGACAGUCAUAUUAGCUGUUUGCAAACCACAAGGCAGUUUCUUGUAAAGGGGAUCUGUAGAUCCGUGUCUAAAAUGGCAAUUAAAAUACUUGCGAAACUCUGGGGUUGUAAAGUCCUAGUCGACUGGUCGACUUGUUGGUCGAUACGUGCUGAGUCAACUGAAAUUCUGAUUAGUCGACUCAGUUUUUUUCCACGUCAAUUUACAGUCUAUGAUUAAUUUCAUCAGAAGGAACGUACCAAGUGCUAAUGGGGGUGUUUUCAGAGCACCCCUUUAUUUACAGGUAACAGCUUGUCUCAGAACACCCCCCUUGUUUUCACCAUUUUGGAUUCGCCCAAUCAACUGGAGACUGGCUGGAGAUAAGAAGAUCGAAGAGCAUCCACUUCAAUCAAUGUUCGGUGGUUUGCUGAAUAUAAUAUUAGCCAAGCCAGGCUCCAGUAAGCCGCGUCCCCCGCCACAGAAUGGUUUGCCUAAGAUUUCUCCAAUGAAAUCCAGGGGCAUCAAGGGGAGGACUGUGUGCAACAUGCUCACUUGCGCUUCCUACCUACUUGGCUACCGUGAUAACUAUUGUUCUAGUCUACCCGCAACAUUUUUUUUCUUAUUCGUGAAACGCUUAAACUGGGGACAUCUCUGGGGAGAGUCUUAACUGAGGACAGGUCAUCCAAAACUGGGACCGUCCCCAGAAAUCGGGGACAUCUGGUCACCUUAGAUUUGCCGUCAGAGUCGGAACUCUCAUCCCUGAUUAGUCAAGUUUUGUUUGAAAAUUUCAGGGUUUUAGUCGACCAAGAAUUUCUUUGGUUGAUAACAGCCCUAAAACUCACAACGUCUUUCCUAAAUUGUCCAGACAGACCAACCCUGAGAUUAAAAAGUCAAAGUCUUAACAGCAGCACCAAACUAUGUCUGCAUCUAUUUCCAUAAAUGGAUUACUGUCCAUCAAGAGUUUUAUUAAAAAGAAAUUAAUCACUCUCAGAUUUCCACCCUCUGUUUUCUGUCGAAGACCACAGAUAUCUACAAUAACAACAUGCUCUUUUGAAGUAUUCCAGGCAUGAGUAAUGGAUCUAAUUAUUAUCUCAAACACUUCUGUAAUGAUCAGCUAUUCCAGUGACCAUAGCUAACAGGAUAUACCAGUGCAUUAUGACACUCAGUAGACCUCAUAUUUAAGUGGUAUUUGUCAAUAACAAGUGUGUUAACCACUCAACGCUUUGGCUUCAGGUGAAGUAACACAUCCACAGAUCGUGUGAAAACUAACAGGUUUUUUCUGAAGUAGUGAAGCACUAAGAAACUUCAAACAGAGCGUAGACUUAUCCUGACAUAAAUGCUUCGGUUUGGACAGGUUUUCUGUCAGCAGCGAUUUACAGUCUAGUGCCUCCCUGGUUCCCCAGCUGCUUUCUCAACUCAGGGAUUGAGCUGACCGGCAUCCCCUGAGGGUAAUUACUAACAAUCAAGAAGUACUCGUGCAACUGAGGAUUCAACAAGUGGAGAUUUAAAAACAAUGUUUUCUGAUUCACUGGAUUUGAUGAGACCCUCUCUCUUUCUUUCUCUUUCACACAAACCAUCUUGGGAAAACCCUUUUCAUCUCUACCUCUUCCUAUCUGCUUUCCUCUCGCCUGAUGGAUUUAGCACAUUAACCCCAGCUGCGUAAAUCUCCCCUCUGUCAGGUCCAUUCUGACCUGGAUACAGUUGGAUGAUUGAAACACACCGACCUCUCUAAUCAUCUUUGUCUUUUUGAGGUUAUAUCUGCGUGAUUGUCAGAGUUUUCGAGCGCUAUUUUGGAUGUUGUUGCAGGCCUGUGGGAGGAAACAAUCCGUGGUCAGUUGGGUCAGGCAGGUUUACUGACACACUUACACACAUACGCACAUUUAACCGGUCCAAGAGGACUUCCUUGUAUUGUCCAGCAUGUUGAUACAGGAAAUCACCUUGAUUGAUAUCCCCCAUGGCUCUCCCUGGAUUAACUGUUCACUGUUUCAGGGGCUUCUUCCAAAUACAUUUGUGUUUGUUUGUUUCUGCUUGUGUUUGCUUUCCACCGUUCAGUUUUGAUGAUGCCUCAAAAUCUUAAAAUAUUGCCUGUUAAAUAAAGAGCAAGUUGAGAAGCUGUUGCUCCUCUUUAGAUGCAACAUUAAUAGACCAGGACAGUGACCAUUCAGCUUCCCUCUCCACAUUUUCAUGCUGCCAAAUCGACCAUCUUUAGAGGAAGUGAAAGAGCUAUCACUCUGCAUUGUGUCAGGGUAUUUUGUGUUAAAUGCAUGUGCAUAUUUUAUACUAGAUAACAAACUCUGCAGAAGCUUGCUUCUCUUCCACUGUCCAUCAAAGUCUGCAUGCAGACGAUGAGACCCAUCUGUGCAAAUAGACCCCAUGCAAUCCGAGGUUGGGGAUUUCCAAUUUAAGCAAGCCCACACACAUGUACAAACCACACACACACGUACACAAGCCCACCCGCACUACAGCACCUUAGCGCCACCUCUUUCAUGUUCUAUGAACGUACUUCCACACAUCGCCAUCGGGUCCUUCCUGUUUUCUGAGACGUCUGCAGUGUGCCUGAGCGGAAACCAAAGCUCCUGUUUUCUGUUUUGCCACAUUGUUUAAAGCCUCAGCUGCCCGCUGUAGCGUGUGCUGAUGUGAAAUUUACCCCUUACUCAGAUUAGGAACUAAUUCAGCGAAGUCCACAGUCCAAGGAGGAAGUUUGUCUCACUGGCUUGUGGACUUGGCAGCAUUUAAGCUUGAGCCCCACAAGGACUUUUCUAGGUCGUGUGACGUGUUCAAUUGGCGUUCAGUUGGCUGAGAAACUGUGUGCUGAUGCUUGGCUAAAAUAUGAAAUGUGUAAAUGUGUAAGAUUGUAAUACUGGCCUCGAUUGUAGCAUUUGGAGCUGUGGUAUCACAUUUUAGGUAACAUGCAGUAUUUGCAACUCUGAAACCACACAAUUGGACACUGCAAUAGAUGCAGUUGAGGAAUAUUUUUGCAAUGAUUUUCAGUGCAUCUGCAGCUUUUAACAAAUUGUGUUUUUAGAGUUUACCACAUCUAUAUCAGCCCUUUUGAUGAAAGAAAGAAAUCUAAUUGAAUGCAUUUGUUCUCGAAGAAUUUAGGAUCUUGUCUUUGAACAACUUCAGUUGUCUGGUGUUUUUUGUUUUGCAAGGAAAACCACUUUUGCAGACUUUCUGCAGACUGUGGUAUUUCCAAACUAGUGAUUUGGAAAGUUUAUGAAUGAUGCGGUGAAGCUAUUUUUAACUUUUUUUGUGAGUCUUUUUCUUUGUCUGUCUUUUUGUUGCAUCCGUGUCUAAAUAUAGGGUGUUGUCUGCCCACUCAUUCUGACAGAGGGGAAGUGUGGCACACGUCUUUGCGCCUACAUUGCAGUGAGAGUUUGUGCAAUUGAGUUGGGUGCAUAAGAUUGCUUUUUUGCAUGCGUGUGUUAAUAAACUAUGGCUUUCUGGAAACGGCAUGUUUGUGUGUUUCUAGGAUGAAAAAAAAAACAAAGAUAGGGGAAAUGAAUCAUCAUUAUAGUAGGGCUGUAAAGUCCUAGUCGAUUGGUCGACUUAUUGGUCGAUACGUGCUGAGUCGACUGAAAUUCUGAUUAGUCGACUUGAUUUUUUUCCACGUCAAUUUACAGUCUAUGGUUCAUUUCAUCAGGAGGAACAUACCAAGUACGAAUGGGGGUAUUUUCAAAGCUACCCCGUUUCACAGGUAACAGCCUGUCUUAGAACACCCCCCUUGUUUUCAUUAUUUUGAAUUUGGGCAACCAACUGGAGAUCGGCUUGAGACAGGAAGAUUGAACACCGUCCAUGUUAAUCGACGUCCAGUGGGCGAAAUUUUUUUUUUUUGUAGAAUGGUAGGGAAAAGUCCCACCUCCUUCGCCUCUGAUUGGCUAGAAAAGCUGGAAACAUCAUCACACGCUCGAGCCAAACGCAGGAUAUUGGCUCUGUACAUCAAACAGAACAUUAUCGCACAUCUGAAUCUCCUAACCCUAACCCGACAGACAGGGUAGUAACCUAGAAGCAAUAACCAAUCGGAGCCCAGCACUUUUAGCCAAUCAGAGGCGAAGGAGGGCGGGACCUCCCCCUACCAUCCUACAAAGAAAAAAAAUAAUUCGCGGGGGAUACGCUGUUUGAGCCGAGCGUCAUCACAGCGACUCUUGGCGACUCUCCUGCCGAAUUUGCACGAUGCUACUGCGCAAGUGGUGGGGUGCGUACAGAGCUACUGCGCAAUGUUGGUUUCAGGAAAUGGAGAGAAAAUGUGGAAUUAACGAGAGCUUUUCGGCUUCAAAUCUGUGUACUGGUGGAAGGUGGAACCAAGUUGUCCAAAGUAUAUAAAGGCUAUGUUCACAGAUAACAGCCUCUCUCAGAACACCCCCCGUGUUUUCACCAUUUUGGAUUCGCCCAACCAACUCGAGAUCAGCUGGAGACUGGAAAACUGAACAGCAUCCAUGUUAAUCAAAGUCUGGUAGUUUGCUGAAUAUGAUAUUUGUUAUUAAUUGCCUUCUUGUAUUGAUACUUUUUUUUUUUUCACCCCGCCGAUUAGUCGAUUUUUGGUCGAAAUUUCAGGGUUUUAGUCUAAUAAUAUCUUUGGUUUAUUACAGCCCCACAUUAUAGACAUGUGAUAUGUAACAGAUGCUAGACUGAAGUUGUAAACAGAGAGAUGGAGGACAGAGAGAGGGGAUGGAGGAUAGGGCACACUAGAGGCAACCGGAAGUCUGUGGUUAGACAGGCAACAUUCAGUUGCUGACUGUGAGGUAGUGCCGUUAACACAUAGUUUUUCAAAGAACUGCUUUUCUUAGAGGGAUCAGGGCUAAAUCACAUUUCACUAAUGCGUUCCAUUGAGCACAUACCUUGUGGAUUGACUGCUGCACACUGUGAGAGUGUUUGCCUUUUAGGGAGAGAAAGAGGAAGAAAGAGAAAAGGGGUUAAAAGUUAGAAAAAUGAACAUGAGACGAGGAGUUUGGAAAUAGUGAGUAGACCUGUCGUGAGUCAGACUCCAGAAAUAGAGAGAAAUCUACCCAAAUUAAGACCUGAGCAAAACAAACAUGACUCAAACGUGUCGAACACCUCCACCUCCAACACCUCCAAAGAAAUGCACUAUCUUUGACCCUCUUUCUUUCUUUCACCCACGUCCAUCUUUAACUCUGCUCACAAACUCUCACAGUCACGAACGGCUUAUCCCUGCACCUCUAACAAAUGCUGUCACAAGAGGAAAUACGCUCAGCAAAAGUCGCUGUGCUCUCUCUCGCUCUCUCUCUCUCUCUCUCACUCUCACACACACACACUCUCUCUGCGUGUGUCACUAACUUAGUUUCCGUACAGACAGCCUAGUGUGUGGAAGUAAGAGACCUGCAGAAAUGCUUGGUUUGUGCCUUUAAAGACCGGGUAAGUUUAUGUUUUUCCACAUCCACAGUGUGCUUGUUAGGCUUUGACUGGUUAGCUGUUGGGGAAUGGAUAGAGAUGGUUUUACUCGCAGUUAUAUUGCUUUAUACGCUGCUUUGUUGAAGUAUAUCAUAUUUAGCUGGUUGCUGUUGUCUCUUUGGUCCAGGUCUUGUUUCUGUAACUAAAGGAUCCUGAAAUAAUCCAAGCUUUUUGGUGAUUCUCCCACCAAAGAUUGUAAUCAUCUUCAAAAGCUGUCUUUGAAUGCAAAUAAGCGCACAUCUUUGUUUUUGUUUGUUUUGAUAGCCUCAUACUUGUGCAACUAAAAUGAUCUGUAGCGUCAUAUUUCUAUAUUUGGGCACCUUAAGUUUUGGUAAUAAGGAGGUUUCAGGAGUGACUCAAACUUGUGGUUUCUUUGGAGCACCUAAGCUUGUCAAAAGUUCAAGUAGGUGGACAUUAUAGGAACACUUUUUCGCGUUGUUGGGUGGAUAAGUGUUUGCCACUGGUAUGUUUUAGGAAUUAUUGUUGUUAGACUUCACACACACCACUUUGAAUCUAAGCCAUUGGCAGUACCUGUACUUGUUAAAUGUUAAUUAUAGGCAGCUCGUCUAUGAACAGAGGAACUUCCAGUUAUUGUAUUUGUGUAGCGAGCGUGCUGAUACCGAAACACAGAGAGGUUUCAUUGCUUAAAAUAUGACUGAUAGUAUCUGUCUGUGUCUUCUUUACCACAGCUGAAAGACCCACAAUGCAUGUGAGACAUGACCAACAAGGCCCCGUAGGAUAACUCGAGCAGAAUGUGCAGCAUGGAGCCGACAGGUUCGUAUGAAAACCACACUAACCCGCUCUCACACCACACUCCUGUUUCAAUAACCUUCAAUAAUCCUGUCCUUAACAUUUAAACCAAACCUCUUGACUUUACCGACAGCUGGCAGUUCCCCCGCAGUCUCAGAGGCUGAGCUCUACCGCAGCAUCCAGGCCGUGUUGCCGAGGGAAACAGGCAGACAACAGCCGCCAGACUGUUUCAACAAAGGUACAAAGUAAUCAUAGCCAUGCACUCGCAUAAAGAGGAGAUUGUUUACUUCUUCAGCACAGCUAAGUUUUAUCUGUUCUUGCUGUCGGCUUUGCGCACACAAGCAUCACCCUACUUAAUCAGUGAUUUCAUACUGUGUCAUUUUGCAAAGCGGUGACACCCAAAAAACAACUGUAUGAUCAUCGCGUAAAACAUCAUUUGACUCCACAAUAGUUCAGUGUUUUAAAAAUGCAGAAAGGACGUCAUAACACUAAUUUAAUUCUGGGUUGACUUGUUUCUGUUUUUCUGUAUCCACAACUAUUCCGCCCUGCAAGGUUUUCCAGCCUGAGCAGAUAAUUAUAAAACCUGCCUGCGUGAGUUUAUGACACAGUGGAAUAGUUAGAUGUGUCAGCAGUGUGAAGGCCGUCCGGCUCUUAGUCAUCGAAUAUGUUUUGGAUUAACAAUGUGAGAAAAAACGGUGACACAUUUAGCAGGUUUAUGUUAGUCCUUUGGAAAUAUUUCACUCCUGUGUGUGUGUGUGCAGGCAUGCUGAGAUGGACGCUUCAUAAGAAGGUUCAAAAUAAUCCUGCUAGCAGCUUGUCUUUGGUGUGGGUGCUGAUUAAAGAGCUGGAGAAGGUAGGAAAUCUUGUUAACAAAUGUUCAAAAACUGUGUCUGCAAAGAUGAUAAUUUUAAUUUUUAGGGGUCAGUCCAGUGAUUGAUCAUUUUUAACGCUCUGGUACCAUUUUACAGACUCCACUCGAACUGAAGGAGUUUUCUGACAUAUUCUGUGUUUCUCCUGCAGGCUGAUAGAUGGGAUUCUCGAACCUGCAUCAUUCCCCUGCUUCAUACACUGAUGUAUGCCAUCAUUCAGGUAUUGCCACAUUGCCUCAGAAUCACUUUUUCACACUCUAUUGAUUGUGCCCAUGAAGGGAGAGUACCAGCCAUACGGAAAAGAUCGUGAUUUUAAGUUCUUUUGACAUGCAACAGAAUUUUGGACAUGACUGGACUAGGGCUGUAAAGUGCUAGUCGACUGGUUGAUUUAUUGGUUGAUAUGUGCUGAGGAUACGCGUCAAUAUUCAGUCUAUGGCUAACUUCAUCAGGAGGAUCAUACCAAGUGCUAAUGGGGGUGUUUUCAGAACACCCCGUUUCACAGGUAACAGCCCGUCUCAGAGCACCCCCCUUGUUUUCACCAUUUUGGAUUCGCCCAACCCGCUGGAGAUUGACUGACCAGUUGUUUGUUAAAUAUUUAUUUUUAUUUUAAAGCGUUUCAACUUGCCUUUUGUUUUAAAUUGCCUUCUUGAACAAAACAGGAUUGGGGCCACAUGAAGAGAAAAAAAAUAAUUACAGGAAGGAGAUUAAAAUUUGAAAUUUCGAGAUUAAAAUUUGAAAUUUCUUGAUAAAAGUCAAAAUUUCAAGAUCCAAAAUGUUGUGAAAAAUGUCAAAAUUUUAACAUUAAAAAAAAUAAAAAUUUCGAGAUUAAAGUCAAAAUUUCGAGAUUACAUAAUGUUGUGAAAAUUUCAAAAUUUUAACAUUAAUAAAAUUUAAAUUUUGAGAUUACAGUCGAAUAUUCGAGGUUAGAGUUGACAAAGUCAAAAUUUCUACUUUUUAAAAUUUCGACUUUAAUCUCCACUUCAAUCUCUGAAAUGGAAAUGAAAAAAAUCCCCCUUGUAAUUUUUUUUUUGUCUUUUGACCCUAGUCCUCUUUCUUAUUUGUUUUGCAGAUAUCAGUUUAUUUUUUUACCCCGCCGAGCAGCCUCGUCCCCGUCUGCAAAAGCGUUAGCCGUCAGAGUCGGAAAACCCCACCACCACCACCCCGAUUAGUCGAUUUUUGGUUGAAAAUUUAAAGGUUUUAGUCGACCAAUAAUUUCUUUGGUCUAUUACAGCCCUAGCACUGGUUUUAUCUUGCAUUCUUGGCGCAGCCACAAUACAAACAUAAACCUCCAAGAUGCCACACUGACAUGAUCUUGUUCGGAUAGAAACUUAUUGUCAGCGACUAAAAGUGUCAUCAGCUAGAAUGCUGUCCUGGGAAUUUUAAAUUUGCUGCUGUUGCAUAUAACACCAAACGAAAGAGAGGAAGUGAUCCAUCCCAGAGUGUACAUCAACAAGGAAACAGGCAUUUGAAAAAGACACCCUGAGAAUCAAGAUUUUUCCUUAUUUUGGGGUUUUGUGAUCAUCGCCAUCAACAAACCUCAUAACAGAUAGUUGUGUGUGUGUGUGUGUGUGUGUGUGUGUGUGUGUGUGUGUGUGUGUGUUUGUAUUGAUCUUCCAGGCAGCCUACAUUCCAGACGAGCUGUAUAAACGAGUUUAUGAGUUUUGUCGGAGACUCCUGACCUUCCCUAAUCCCUAUGGCGCUAUAGGCCUCAGCUACGCCAGACAGAUCAGAACCGAAAGGGCCAUUCCAGGUAAUUUUCACCUCCGAGUCUGAAACUGCAAACAUAUCUUCAACAUCACCAUCAGGGCUGCUGAACCACCUGCUUGAGGAGCUUCUUAAUCAGUGACAUCUUCACAAUUUUAACAGUUUGAAACUGUUUUCCAUGUUAUUCUUUGAGACAGGGACUCAAAGCAACCCUACCAAUGAAACGAUCAGCGUUCUUAUUAGUUGUUUCUUCUUUUCUCAAACAAUACAGGAAGUUGACUGAAAGACCAAAAUGAAGUGAAGUAGAUAAUAUACAUAAACUGUGUCUGAUAAAUCGACCUUUGACAUUAGAGUUUAUCCAAUAAACAAACUGAGAACAAUGUGGAAACAUAGAAUUUUACUUAGACAUCACUCUAAGAAAAAACAGCAGAGAUCAAUAACCUGUCCAUCAAUCAGUCAUCUGUCUGUUGCAUCAUUAUAUUGUCACUGAACGCAGUUUCACCCUCAGGUCUGCUGUAUCAGAGGAUGGUCACAGCAGAGCAGGGACUUAAGAACCAGCACUAUCCCUACCAGGAGAAGUGAGUCAUAUUUUAAGCAUGUGUUACAUGACUGAAGGUACAAUUAUUGCCUCGGGUUGUUUAAGUUCAACUAAAUUUCCUCGUACUGCAGCUAAUCGUCAAACUACCUCCAUUUAUGCCUGUUUUGUAAAUCCCUGCAGGGUCUUUAUUCUUGCGGACCCAGAAGUCUUCUCUGGCUCUCUGGGUGAAGUCCUGAUGGGGGACAUUGAAGCGUCGGCUUUUGGUGAAUGUUUGAGUCCUGUGGAUCACAUGCGCAGCAUGGUUCAACACACCAUCCAGGCGGCUUUAGGAGCUGAGAAGUGUGACGGGCAGAGACUGGAUCAAGCCCUAAGGGUCGGUAGAACUUCAUCAAAUACUAUACUUACUUUUUGUUAUUUAAUUUCAGUCCUGUAAUUGUCACUUGUAGACUAUUGAGACGUUUGUUUCUUUGAUUGCAGCUCUAUUCUCUGAUAAACUUUUCUUUACUCUGACAAAUGGUCGGUUCAAGUGAAUCUGAUUUGUUUCUGGACAUUUUCUUUCUCUCCUCAAAUUUGUUUUAUUGGUUUAUUUCACAGGGACAGUUCCCCAUUAAUCAACAGAGGUAAAAGAAAAACUGUAAGUGAGCCAGAAUUAGACAGUGAAGCUAGUUUUCGUCUGUUGUCCCUGGUCGGAUGUUAAAGGCAACCUAAAAACCUAAAGGGGGCAACAAUUUAGUACUUUAAAAACACAACUUUACAUCACAAUCUAUCUAAUAAAAGCUCAUUAACAAGUAAAACAGGCAAGAAGUCUGACAUAUGGCAUAAGAAAAGCUCAUGGAUAACACAAGCAUGCAGACAUAACAUGUAGAAGAGUGAGAGAGGAAAAUACAGCUAGAAACACGCAAGCACACAGAGCUAAGACAUUAGCAAAAACUAUAUCAGACAUUACGAGGCAGGACAUAAAAUGGCAAGUAUAAGGCAAAAAAAUAAACAAGCAAACAAACAGAAAAAAAAUGCAGCAUAGAAUUCACUUUAUUAUUUUUUGAACUUAAGCAUCUUUACCAAAAUUGCUGGGCGAAAAGUAGACUUAGUCCUCUCUUUCACCGAAACCUCAAUGCGAUUCAUUCACCUGCUUGUAUUUCCUCAAUUUCUAAGUUGUUUUUCAUCCUUGUUCAGCUGCUCUGAAAAGGAAAAACAGUGUAUUUAAUAUAAAAUAUAACCGUGGAAGCAUGUUUGACAAGCUUGAUUCAGUUCAACGAUCAGCGUGACCUCGGGCUGCAGGCUCUACUCAAAAUAAGAUAUGCUGCUGACUUAACUCUUUAACCUCAUCCUCGCUCAUGCUGACUUCUAGGAUUCUGAUGAGGAAAAGGUGAAUAUUUCUAAAAGGUAGAUUGACAAUAAACUGUGUAACAUACCUUUAAAUCAUGGCAGAGGAGUUGCUAAAACAUACGACUGGAAAUUCAUUUCCCAACUAUAGUGGAGUCAGCCAGUCGCCUUAAAUAGCUAAAAAUAACUUUGUCAACGUUGUUUUUCCAUGUAAAUGCACAAUCACAAAUGCUGACUUUAACUUCUCUGAAAAGGGGUAAAUAACCUCCACAGAGAAAAGUGUUUCUUGUUGAGCAAGUAUGGACAUUUGAACUAAAAGAACGAGUCAUGUUGUUUUUGAUGACGGCGGCAAAGUUUUCUGCUUUUCCUGCUUUGUCUAAAAUAGCUUCAGAGUAGUCCCUGCUGUAUCAGUACAUGUCAUGUGAAACAUCCUGAAUAAAGCUCUGUCAUCUUUGAGCAGGGCGGUGGAAGUGUCUCCUGGCGAUGAGCCUAAAGUAACACCUCAGCAGGACACACACGUAGGCAGACACACGCGUGUGAUACCGACCCCUCACCUCUUUGCUAUUAAUACAGAAUCUGUGUGUUUAAUUAACUUCCUGUGCUCGUGUGUGAUGUUCACCUACGUGUUUUUGUACGUGCCUCUGUUUCUCGGACAGGACAUGGGCCAAGACGUUGAGACGUACUUUCAGGAAGUGUCGGCGACUGUCGAGCGGAGCGCCGAGGAUGGCGGCAGAAAGGAGGGGGGUGCGCUGAAGAGCCGUCUCCUGCAGCUGUACAAAGAGAUCAUCUCUGAAGCAGACUCAGGUAGGAGCUCUCUGACAAGGAAGAGCAGCAGAGCUUUCUCUGCGACACAACAGCUCUAUCUCGGUCUCCAUCGAAUGAGCGUUUAGGUUACCUCAGUGAGGCAACAUACACAUACACAUAACCAGAAAAACCACAUUCUCAUCUAUUUAUGUAACAAGCUGGAGACCGAGUUUGACAAACACAAGCGAAUAACAGAUACUGGACUCCAUCUUGUACAAAAAUAGUGUCAUAGAUAGAUUUUUCAAGUAUUGCAAAUAUUCGCCCAUUAGAUCGGUAAAAACGGGACACAAGUUUAUUCUUUUGUGCCUCCAGCUGUAAGACAACCACCUUCAGGUUUGUCAGUCAAGUGUCGGCUGAGAGCAAACUAGCACAGUUGCUGGGGAAAUGUGGUUGAUGAAGAUCUUGUGGUGCAGAACUUCAGCUGCCUGGAAACAUAAAACAACUGAUGGUAGCCCAGCUGUUGCGCACAUAUUUACUGUCUUGAACUUGAUAGAGUUAAAGGAGUUGAGUUGAGUUUAGUUUAGCUUGUCAGAGACCAUGCACUGCAUACGUUAAUGUCAUUUCGUAAGAGGGGAUGUAUUGCACAAGAUCUGGCCGUUUAGCUUAUCAUCAAUAGGCCAUCCCCAUAAGCAAUGCAGGGCAGCAUAAACAAAGUAAGCAGCAUGAGCUAUCUGAAAGCGAUUUUAAAAUAUCACUUUAAGUCACUUUGGUGCUGUUCAGUGUUUUGUUUGUGUGUGUACAGUCUGCGACGGACAGUUUCUUCCAUGCAAAGAUCUGCAGAGUCAGUUGUUUGUAUUUUUACAAUCAUCCGGAUAUCUAUUUCCAUGACUUCCACACAAUUAUCAUGUCAGCGACCCACCCGAUGAACCUGCUCUUCCCUCCUCCCAGCUGGGAGCCUGAGGGAUAGACAGCAGUGCUCACAGAGAGGAAGUUGUAUAGGCUGUUUUGUUUUGAGUGUCAUUGUGACAGUUUUGGGCUCUUCCUCUCUGUCUUCCUCCUGUGUGUGCGUAUGUAUGUGUAUGUAUGUAUGUGUGUGUGUUGUAGAGCCAUUGUCUGUCGGUGGACCACCAUGUGACUGCCCUCUUCCUAACCCCGAGAUGAGCUUCUUCCUGUGGACAGAGGAUUUGGAUAUAUGUGAGUUUCUCCAAACUCUGUGGGGGAUCUAGUGGAAGUUGUUGCAACCUGUCAGCUGCUUUGGAAGUGGAAAUAUGUAUUUUCGGCCUAAAAAAUGAGCUAAAUAAUGUGAAAAAACCUCUAACACCUUCAAAAUGUCACCAAAAACACAAUGGUUUUUCAACUUUUGUUCACAGGCAAAGGUUUUUCAAGCCUUCUGCAUCUGACAAUUAGCCUAAAUUUAACUAAGUUGAGCUCUUAAGCUUUUGAAAGCCAUUUUGACAAUGAGUUUGGUUAAAUUAUUAUACAUUUAUAGGUUUUUAUAUGUGCAAAAAGACUCACUCCCUGUGUAAGGGUGUCCAAACUGUAGAGAACUGGUUGAAACCAAACAGAUCAGAUUCAAAAACAUGUGAAUAUCCACCAUAGGGCUGUCAUGUUCUUGUUAUAGAAAGUCAUAUGUGGAUGCGCAGUUCACUGAAGCUGUAAUAUCAAUGAAAGCGAUGGCUUCAUGUGAUCUUUGGGUGAAAUUAUAUAUACUAUCUCUCACUACAUUUCAUCUUCAAAGAGAUCUCUGUAUUCAACUCACAAACCGUUUACUGGAAAUAAAGGAGGGCAUUUACAGUCCAUGAAAGGCUCAGGGGUAACAGGAAGUUGCUGACUGACUAAAUGUGUGUACUCUUGGCCGGAAGCACAGUGAAGUUUCUGGUAAUCUUUAAAUGCAUAAAAGUGUAAUUAUGAUAUACAAAUAUUGAUAUACUUGAAUUUAACGCCUUAAAAUAACUAAAAUUCUCUUAAAAUUUCAUAAAAUGUCUGAAAUGAAAGAUCUUGAAAGGUCUAAAAAAUGUAUAAACUCUACUUACAAAUAAUGUUCCAUAGGAAUAAAGCUUGAUUUGAUUUUCAAGACAGAUUUUUACCUUUAUAGUUUUUGUACAUUUUUUGUCAGUAUGGAUGUUAAAUGGGUCUUAAAUUGUAUUCAUGACUGUCUUUUAAAAAGUGUCUUAAACUUGACUUGCAGAGACCCUGUUAUAGAAAUAUUAUCCAGUAGUAGGGCUGAGCGAUACGGCCUCACAUCAAUAUCACAAUAUAUUGAGCAGUUCACCUCAAUAAUGAGAAAUGGACAAUAACUACUCCACAUGCUGCUCACCCCCUACCACAUUAACUUCGUCUACUUCAGCCGCUACAACUUUUGAACCGUCCUCCAUCUCCUCACCUGUCUUUCCAUCUUUUUUAAGGACUGGAUGGGGGGGAGUCACGUCUCUGUUGUAGCAGAGCGUCUUAAAGGAACAUGAGACCAUAACCUACCUAAACUCAUCCAAAACCAACUUUUAUUUAUGUUCUUGACACAGAAUAUACCGAUAUGGGCAAAGUGACAUCAGUUAUUAUUGUAAAUUUCAGUAUUGGUAAAUUUUCGGUUUAUCGCCCAGCCCUAUCCAGCAGUGCUGCUGGAUAACCUAACGAGAGCAAAACGCAACAUUAUCCCUUUCAUUCACACUCCUUUAUACCAUGCAAAUAAUGCUUGUAGAUUUAUUAGACAUUUUUGCACAAUAGUUUUGUAAAAUAAAGAAGUAGUAGUUUUGUUUAAAAGAGUAAAUAUUACACCAAGAACCCCCCCGACUGUGUAUAAUUAAAAGGAUGAGUGGGUGUUUACACCCUGAGGCUCCCAUAACAAAACCAGCAGGAAACUCCCGCUCAUGCUGUGUUGAUAAUCAGGCAAAUGAUUUUAAAAUUGUUGAGAGACUUAAAUGUUAGUCUGUGAUUAGGUUUGUGCUGUUUCCUCCAUGAAAAUGUUGAACAUAAAGUGAUUGAUAUUAAAAAUGUUCAACAGGGCGAGUGCUGGCAAAGUGGUUUCGAUCCAGCUCUACAUCAGAGCAGUUCGCCCUCAGUCAGGAAUCCGAGGACUUUGUGCUUGGAGAGUCGCCAAGUGAACUGACACCGUCUGACAUGACUCGCUUCUCUGUCAUGUCCAACGAUAGCGGUAUUGAAAGAGAUCUGCCCCCCAGUGCUGAUCCCUCAUCAUCGUCUUUUCUGGACCCCACCAGCAUUAAUGCACCAUGGGAACAAUGCAAAAGGUAAAUGUAGUGAUUGUUUUUUUUUGCACCCAUCAAAGGCUUGCUGCUAAUUUCUUUAAACCUUAUAUCCAAGAAAGUCUUCAAAAUGUCAAUCUUCAAGUGACUUUGACUUAAGAUUUGACUUCUUUUCCUCUUAAGUGAGCAAGAUUCAUCGAGGCUGUCACGACGUCGAGCUUUCAAGAUGAAGCCAUCCGUGAAGGACAACAUGCUGCUGAUGCAGGACACUCUGGAGGACCAGGCAAACCUGGGAGGAGGAAGUGGAUGUAGAGGAGUACAGGGAGAGGCAACUCUGCAGAGGAGGGCAGGAAGCACUGUGGUGCAGAGCCCCUUUAACAAGCAGCAGAGACAAUUUACUGCCAGGAUCGUCGCCAUGGGAGACGACAGGGUACUUGGACGCCUGGCUAAGGCAUACUACUUCUUCAGGUGAGUGUUGUAUCAUUUUUCUGAAUUCAAACUCAAGAAGUGUCAGCUUCUGUGAGAGCGGGUGGAGAUUUUUGUGUGAAUUAUCUAGUAUAAGACAUUGAGUUGUUAAUUUUUUAGACCUUUGAUGACUUCACUUGAACGGUUAAAUCCCUACUUUCUCAGGUGUGGGAAGCGAAACAGUACUACUUCUUUUUUUUGCAAAUGUCAAAAAUGAUAUGAUAAAAUGGAAACCUUUUUUAACAGUGAUUUUGUUAAAAGGAGCGAUCCCACAUAUUUCACUUCUCACAGAUCUUCGGUUUGUCUUUGCAGGAAAAGGGAAGCGCGGAGACUUUUUCUUACAAUGAAAAUCCACCUCCAGUUUUACUACAUCCCUGUUUGCAGGCCCACUACUUCAAUCUCCCCCAUCAAUGUAAGCCAACUUCCUCUUGUCCACACACCACUAGCUCGUGACUGCGUGAAGGUCACCACACCUAUGAGGAAACAAUCCGAAUACAUCGAGUUUUGUUUUCGUCACAGUGGGUCAUAAGAAGUCACUAAUAAUAGCUGCAAAUAGUAUCAAGAAUUGUCAAACUGUCUAACUCGCUCACUCUCCUCCAGCAGCCGCUUGUUUGUGGGGGAGCCCUGACGAGUCGAUCACAGAGUGCAGCAAAAAAUUUAUGAUUAUUACUUCGUGGAAAUGUAAUCAAACAGAGACGCUAAGGCAGAGGAACUACGGCGUUGCAUUUCCAUCAAGUCAUGAUCAUAAAUGUUCUUCCUUGAGCUGCGAAACUCCGCUGCACCCGGUGAUCAACUCACCAGGGCUCCCCCACAACCAAGCGGCUGCUGGAAGAGAGUAGGUGGGUUGUGUUUAGUCUCUUUGCUAAAGAAAUCAGGCAAAGCUGAAUGAUGUUUAGUGGCUAGUGCUGUGGCUGGGACCCUAUAUGUACUGUUGAUGAAGUUGGGUGCCGUUCUCAAUAUUUGUGGCUAUAGAGUGGCGUUUUGGUUGAGGUUUGUGCAUGAAGGCGUAAACCACUGUGUAUUGCUAUCGUGUGGUUGUUACUAAAGUUGGUAUAACUAGAGAAGCAAGCAGUCAGCAACAUCCAUCUGUCAAAGAGGUGUCUAACUUGGUGUUAGGGUGUGUUAUCCCUUUUAAUGAAAGACAGAAACUGAUAAUAAAGCAGUCAACCAGGAGUGAUCCAGCCAGAGUAAAUGUGUGGAAAAUUGUGCCCUUGUGCGGCCUCAGAGUGAUGUUACCCGUGAUAUUGACAGAGUUUUGGUAUAAAUAUAUUGGCUUUAGGUCAUCCAGUGGUGCAGUUGUCAUGAUCACUGAAUAUUUUAAACUUGCCACUCAGUAUAAAAACUGAAAGUUAGCUAAUAUCAUCUCGCAGUGGAUCAACAUGUAGCUGUCCGAGUUAGUAUUUGUGAAUUUGAUGUAAUUUGCAGUUCAUUUUAUGAAUUUAUUUUUAGGUUUCUGUGAAUUUGACAGUUUUUUUUUGGUCUUGUUUGUGCAGGUUUAGUGGAUGCAAAAACUGCACCGUGCUUUUAUGAAUUAGUAUUUCUUUGACGAAAUGAUUUCACUCUAAAUGUGUCAACUAACAAGGAACCCUGACUAUCAAGACCAGGAAUAGAAGUACAGAUUUAAAGGGUGUGAGACUUGAGCUAAACUAGUUCUUCAUUGAGGAUAUUUGUGGUGCUGUUGAACAUUUUCUUCAUGAGCUAAGAUCUUACUUGUGGUCAAAAACCCUCUUGACAUUUGAUUACGAAUCUGCGUCCAUAGUAGUUUGUACUGAGGCAUUUGACUUCCUGUUCUCUAAAAGAUUUUUGAUUCUACGUUCAUGUUCAUUUUUUUCUAGGAAAACCUCAACAGAUCCAAGGAAAAUCUCUGCGCCCUCGGCUCUUAUUUGAGCACGGUGGACCCGUGGUACAACUCGAACAUCAAGGGUUUAGGCUGCAUGAUCCCUAAACUGGCGGAGAUGGUACAGUACAACACAAAAUCCAAUCAUGACGACAAAAAGACUGCAGACACAGAUUAACUAGAUUUCAGCUCAGGGCUUGAUCUUCUCACUUUCUCUGUCGAGCUCAUCUUUGUCUGAAUGAUUUAAGACUCUAUGAAAAUGCCAUCACAUGACCUCAUCCUCUUUAGUCAAUGUGGCUACUGUUCUGUGCAAGAGUCGAAAGACAGGAAGUUACAUAACAUCUUCAACUGUGAGGAAAAUAAACAAGUUAAAUUCAUGAAACCACAGCAACAGCGAGCUGAAGAGACAGACGGCUUCACACUGAACUGACUCCGCGAGCCUUUGACACAGGAAACACGCUCGAUGCAAAGUGACAUACCGGAACUGAAAGUUGUUACGAGGAAAAUGUCAAAAUUUGUUUUAUGUGAGUUAGAAAUACAGCUGUUACCUGAAGAGUCACUGAAGAGACUUAUUUAUGUUUCUUGAAAUGAGACGCAUAACCAUGCACAGCUGCAGAUAACUUGUCACACAGCCAGCGCAACCACUGAGUGACAGAAAUAAGCCUGUGGUUACAGCCUCAUUCAGAUAGCAGUGGCUUCACACGGCUGUUUUUUGUCUCUAGCACAAAGCGAACCCAGGGGGGCCAAAAGACCCCUUCGUGUCUGAUGUUAUCUCCUACUAUGUUCGCACCGGCCAGCAGCCUGUCUACUUCACCGUCUACUUUGUCAAGGUAGGGAAACACACUUCAUGUCUGUCUGAAAUUUAAAAGCAACACCAAGGCGUUUUUUUUUAAUUGUUCUUUCUCUGUUAGAUCGUGUUCAACAGCGCCACCAAGGAUCCGGUUGAAGAAGUGUUUCUUACACAUCUUGAAGUUGAGUUCCCUGAGUUCAGACAGAUCUCGGCGGCGAUGAAGGGUGAGUUCAGGACACAAAUUCUUUCAAGUGCCUCCUGUGGUGUUUCUAUCUAUAUGUGCAAAGCUCUGAAUGUGUGAAACCAGGGUUGAUGAUGUGUGUGUGUCUCUUUAGAGAAGCAAAGGAAGAGUAUUGGGGACAUCUGCGGUGCUGUCGUGUCAAUAAAUUACAGAAAGGUAUGUAUUUUUGAGGUUAAUAACUUCCUCAUUCAGUUACAGGUAGAAACGCUUUAUCACUCAUAGAUUUCCCUGUCAGAUUCACAAACUAACACGCUGCGUUCUUAUCUGUCUGUGUGUUUUCAGAUAGUGCUAAGUGGCCGAGAUGUCGACAAAGGAGUCUCAGUGAGGACGUCAGGCGCUCAGAUCAGCGCCAUUCCCCACAACGAAGCUGAAGGUUCGAUGUUAUCUCUCACACUCUCAGGGCUUGAUUGUAACCCGACACAAACACUUGUGGCAUGCAGCUUAAGUUAGUUAGUCACUGCAUAAAUAGGGAGUGAACUUGUGCCAACAUUAGUGUCUAUGGGUGUGUUGGUUUUUAGACUCAGGUGUCAUGCACAAAGGUAGGUCAGUGCUUUCUUGAGAAAACAGGGAGUACCUGUGCUUUUGACCAGAAACCUGUUUCAAAGUCUGGAGCCUGUACUGCUGCAUUUUUCUGCUAUUAGUAAGAUAAAAAGAAGGCUGUAUGAGUUUAAAAUGCAGGUCAUUUUUUUCAUGAUACAAGAAAACUAGGUAUUCAAGAGACAUCUGUGUUUUUUUCUUGUCUCCAUUCAUUAUAAAGUAGGGUGGUAGUCUCAGGAUCCUAAACUAAGAUUACCUCCUCACUGACCAGCUCGUACUGCAGACCAACACUGUCACCGAGCUCUCUGUCGUGUGCACGUUUAGAAAUACGCAGAAACAUACACACACAAACGCACUCACACACUACUGAAGGAUAUAUUUAUGCUUGCAGUGAAGACGUCAACCAUUUAAUCCAGCAGCAGAAACAAGUUAAAUAAAGAUUUAAAACUUCCCUUUCACUGAUGGGAACUACACCGGACAUAAUCUGACUUUUAAUAAUGACCGAUACUUAAAGGUGGGGUAGGCAGGAUCUGAGGAAGCGCCAGUUUUGGGGAGAAAUCUUGAAUGUAAACACUUCCCCUUCCAAACAGUUAUUUGCCUGUUAUUCCGCCAGAGUCUCCGGUAUUUAGUUCAUUUUCUUGCUUGUGUUGGCAGUCAUGGCCAAAGGAGGAUUCAGACAAUUUUCCGUACUUUCUGGUUGUUUCUACUGUCUCAUAUUGUAGCACGCUAACUUUGUUUGGGCUCCUGAAUGACACGAGGUAGCAGCGUCUGCCUCACAACCAAUCAGGGGGAGGCGGGAUAUGGCUUCGUUUACAGUCAGAAAGAGCGGAGCGCUCUGAAAUUUUUAAAAUGUUGACUACACAGACAAAACAAAACACAGCGAUAUCAUUAUAUUACCAAAUGUCAUCAAUAACAGCUUUUUGUAUAUACACCACAUAAAAAGAUGCUUCUUUAACAGAUUCCUGCCUACCCCACCUUUUAAGUUGUGAGUUAUUCAUGAAGUUAAUUCUGCUGUGUGUAAAUGUACACGUGUCAGUUUGGAAAGACACUUUGAUUUCUGCUGUUUAGAAUAGAUCAAUGUGUGCAUUAACUCAUACAGUAAUCUGUGGGUCCCAGUAGAAGGAGACGAGGUAAAAUUGCCAACUUGAGCCUGGUGGUUUAAAACUAACGUGCACCUGUCUCUAAGAGGGAUUGACAGCGGACACGAUGAUUGGUUUAAAUCAUGUUUGACUCAAAACACACAUCUAAAUGAUCCAGAAACUUUAACCAUCCUCCUUGCGCCCUGAGUCUCCCGUAGAUUUUGCAGAAAAAGCUGCCAUAUUUUAGCUUGUGCCACAUACAUUAGACCGGAAGUCCCUCAGUUUUUGUCAUCCAUUCUAUUUUGUUUUGAUGUUCUUUGUUGUAUGAUUUUACCAACUCUAAUACCUACUUUAAUUUUCCCUCUUUGUCUCAGAUCUGAACUGUUUGACACUGACACUCAAUGAUUCUUCAGCAAAAUCUAAAAACAAUGUUGUGGUGAGUCUGAACAUUAUAACCUCACUCUGAACACUCAGAUAUCGAGGGAAUAUAUCAGGAUACUGAUAUCAGGAUAUUUUCAUUUUUUCCUUCUUUCUCCGCUCAUUUUUUUAUUUUUUGAAAUUCAGCAAAGUUUCCGGACCAACAACAUUAGGCUUCGCUCUUUGGAGAGUCGAUCCUUCACUGUCACACUGGACAGGGAUCAUCGCAGGACAUACAAAGACGUGCAGAGGUAAGAAAGUGCAGCCUCAGUCGUACCUUAGAUGUAUCUCUAGAGUGAAGAAAUUUGUCAUUAGUGAGGAGAAUAUCCUUCUGAUACAAAAGUCACAGCAGAGAGGAGUCUUAAACUGGAACCCUGCUGUUACAAAGUCUUUGAAUUUCCCUUUUUUGAUGAUGACUUAUUGGUAUUUUUGUAAAUUACAUUCACAGAACAUGUCACAAACUCUUUUUUUAACUCUGUGCAACCCAAGCUGAACACUUUUUUUCACAUGUCUGUGUAGUCUUGAGAUCUCCCCGUGUCUUGAUCCCGGAUACUGCGUCCAGAAAACCAUGAGGUCCAAAUUAAACUUGGGUGAAGACUCAGAGUGUGGACUGAGCAAGUACAUGAACAGAGGACUUCCUCUACCAAUCAACACAUUCGCCGGCAUCAUCACCUGACAUGGAGUAACCUGACAGCGAGGACCAUAUAGUAUGUGUUCGAGUGUGGAAAUGAUUCUUGCUUCCAUGACAACAGACAAUUAAAGGAAUUACCUCAGAGUCACGCUGAAAAUGUGACUCUCUACCAAAAUGUUUCAUCUCUAUCAGUCAAGAUGGUGAAAAAGAAAAAAGACAUCCAAACAGUAUCAGAGAGACUCAGUGCAUCAGCAGAAGAACGUUCCUCUUAAAGCGACAAGAACAAAAUGAUACCACCCAGGAGGGGGAAUUGAACUAUCGGGCGUACUUGAAGAAAGUAAAGUGGAAUAUGCAGACUGUGAUAUGCCAAAAUUCCCUGGAGACACUGGAAGACUCACUGGAUGAAGAAAUGAGCAAAGAUGUUAACAGCGAGGAUUCAGACGUAGGAGGAUCACUAAUCAUCUGACUUUAUCCUUCAAAGUCUGGGGUCUGAAAAUUUGAUGUGAAGUGAAUUCCCAUCAUCGACACACUACCUUUUCACUGCCUUCCUGACACGCAUACAGCAAACACGGAUCAACACAAGUCAAUUCAUCAGACCAAUUAGCCGUCAUGGAUCAAAAAACAUUGGUGACUGUUGACAGAUUACUAGUGCCUUUCUAAAAUCGUUCAUUGAGCUUGUUACACCUGUGUCUGUUUGAUAAUGCAGGCUAUUGUGAAGACGCCAAAAAAUGUUUAUGAUUAUUGGCUUAUUUAGGUAUCAAAUUAUCCUGGAACAACAAUGUCUGACAUGCAAAAGCAAGAGCCGAAUAACUGUGAGGAAUGUUAACAGUGCAGAGGUAAACUUUUUGUUUUACUUUUAGUGUGGGUCACACUCAGACCCGAGUUACAAAAAAGACUUUGGUCUGCUGCUACUAAGAAGUUGUCAACUUGGAGACACUCAAAAGUGAAACUCACACAUUUGCCAGUAAAUGUCCGAGCUGUACCAGUACAAAGGUAUGACAACCCCCUGUUACGCACUGUGUUUAAAAACAGGAACAAUACUAAACUGCAUCUGUUUGCACUAAAAUAACAAGUCUUUCAUUAUUUCCCUUUUGGUGAGUGAAGCAAAAUCAGAGUACAUGUUAUUACAUCUGAAAUGAUGCCAUUGCUUUACAACACUUAAUGUUAUAUCUUUUCUUGAGCUCAAUUUACAAUAGAGCAGACUUACCAGUUUAAAAAGCAGAUGUCUGAUCUUCGGCAGUAUUGGGUGCUUGGAAUAAAUUCAGACAGGAGUGUGUUUGUAUGUGUGUGUAUGUCUGCUUGUCUGGCAGAGCAAAAUCAUGAGAAAACCCAUGAUGAAUUUUGCACAGUAUUUUCAUGAAUUUAAAGAUGGAAUUACGAUAUAAAUGUUGAGGUGUAAAUAAAUUAUUUUGUUUUUUGUUUUUUA